AUGUUUCUCGGCUUAGAAGUUCAGUAAGGGAGCAGUGGAUUCUUGUUGAAAUUAAAAGCUAACAAACUAUCUAAUAGGAUAUUGAAAUUAAAUGUAUAUCUAUCUAAUUAGGUGAUGUUUCUUAUAAAAUAUUAGUUGAGUUUAAAAGUAGUGUGUCUAACGCUGUUUUAAAGGUUAAUAUCCUUUGCAAAAAUAUUGUAAAUUAUGAAAAUAACACAUUAUUCUCAUAAGAAGCAAAAUUAGAAUUAAAACCAGCAUUUAAGAUUUCUGAUGAACAAAAUCAUAUAUUUUAACAACUGCGUUCUUGAGUAGAAUUUUAUAAUACUUUAUCUUUACUUUUUGUAGAAUUGCCAUUCUAACGGAAAUUAGAAAUUUUAUGGAAUAUCCUUGAUUUGUUUCAAUAAUUAUCAUAUUUGUAAUUUUAUAAUAUCCAAUUCCCAUAAAUUUUGUUAAUCUAUCUUGAAAUAUUUAAUAUAGGUUCAUUAACUCCGAUCAUAAAUAAAUGUAAAUAGAUUAAUUUAUCGAUUAUUAUUUUGA